AUGGUAAUCACUUGGGGAAGGUUAACAUGUGAUAUAGGCUGUACGCAAAUCGAAACCGAUUUUGAAACUUGUUAUGACAACUGUUUACAGGACGACAACUGUAUUGUAAGUUUUUUUCAGAAAUUAUAUGUGUGUACAUAAAAAUAAUUUAUACAUAGGUCGCACACACUUCCGGAGAAAAUCAUUGUUCCACGUGUAGAGCCGAAUAUUAUUUCGCAAUUCAAAGUUUGUCUGCGGAAAAUUCUGAUGGCAUGAAAGUGGCCAUCAAAGCUAAUCUCACUGAAUGUCCAGUGUCUCCAAAUUCCACAUUUUAUUACAAUGAUUACACAAUCGGUUAUUCUGAUGAAGCUUGGCAUAUUUUUGCAUCCUCAUCAGGACCAUUCAAAAGCUGUCCGUGUAGACACAACACAUUUAAUCGUGCCUUGGGUGAUUGGUGUAUUCGAGUGAUUAAUGGUACGGUGAAUUAUCAAGGUGCAAUAGAUGGUUGCGCGGCAUUAGGUGGCGUUUUGAGUGGAAUCGAAAGUCUCGAAGAGCAAUUUUUCAUAUCAAGUAAGUUAGCUUAACUUUACUUUUACAUAAAAAUUCUUCUUUCAGCUGAAAGUUCAUCGAUUUUAGACAAUUCAGACGUGAAGGAAGGGUCACUUUGGCUUGGACUUCACAGAUCUGAUUCUUGUUUGAAAGAGAACAGUACUGCUCCUAUAUGCACUAAGGUAUUUGUCUGGACUGAUAACUUCACAAUCGGAAGUCAGAUGAUAAUGUGGUCGCUUGGUGAACCAAAUUAUGUUGAGUAUGUUGUCUUUAGGAGUCUCAUAACGUAUAUUUUUUUGUAGUCAAGUUGAGGAUUGUGUGCAGAUGGCAAUUUAUUCUGACAUUCUCUCGGGAAAUAUGUCUGAUGUGUCGUGUGAAAUAUCAACGGCGCCAACUCUGAUCAACACAAUCCGCGGAUACGUUUGCGGACAACAACCUAGUUGA